GAGAGUACGUAGGCGGCGAUGACGGACCAGCAACCACUUACACGACGGUCACUGAUGGGACGCAGCGAGGGAAAACGAAGUUGGCAGACAGCAACGGUUACACGUACACUGUAAAGAAACGACCACGAACCGCGAAGGGGACCACGACAUGGACGUGCAGCGUCAGGAACAAAGUAGUUUGGUGUAAGGCGUCCGUGAUGCAAAAAGGAGACAAUUUCACACGGGGCGUGCAGCCGCAUGUCCACGAGGCACAACUCGGUGCAGCCGUUGCCGCGAAGAUCCGAGCGGACGUGAAGAAGACGGCCACCCGGCAGGUAUUCACGUCGGCAGCGGAGAUUGUGAACCGGGCCUUACUCGACGAAGGCAUACACGAAACUUCGGCACCCCUUCCGGCGCUUUCGAAACCAGAGAAUCUAGCCAGAGCUGCGAAUCGUCACCGUCAGAAGGCCAGACCACAAGAUCCUACCACCCUCGAUUUCGAAAUUGACGAAACAUACGUUCCAGCGACAUUCCUUCGUGCCGACAUCACCGUAGGCGAGAAACGUCACCUAAUAUUCGCAACUGACAAGAUGGUCCAGCUCCUUUCGAAUGCCAAAACGUGGUAUAUUGACGGGACGUUCAAGUUGGUCAAGGCGCCGUUCACCCAGCUCGCAUCCAUCCACGCAUUCGUGAAGAGCGGAGACAACGUAAAACAAGUACCAGUCGCCUUCAUCCUGAUGUCGGGGAAACGCAAAAAAGAUUACAAGAAAGUGCUCAAGGCCAUACGAAGGAUGUGCCCGGACAGAAAAGUUGCAAAGAUCGUUGUGGACUUUGAAGCGGCGAUGUGGCGUGCCAUACCUCUCGUAUUCGGCAAUAUUCGCAUCAUGGGCUGCUCCUUCCACUGGGCCCAAUGCUUAUGGAGGAAGUUUCAGGAAAUCGGUCUUUCGCCAGCAUACAAGAACGAUAACGAUACCCACAAGUUGCUGAGACAGUUUAUGGCCCUGCCGUACCUGCCGCACGCACAUAUCCAGCCGAUGUUCGAAAAGCUCGUCAGGAAGGCCAACACGCCCGCUCUGCAAGAAUUCACGGAUUACGUUCGCCGCACAUGGAUCGCUAACGAACUGUGGAGCCCGCGCACCUGGUCUAUCUUCAUGGAACCCGUGAGGACGAACAAUGACGUCGAAGGAUGGCACGGAAUGCUAAAUCGUCAUGCCGCAAAGUCGAAUCUCGAAUUCUACAAGAUGACACGCCUUCUACAAGAGCAGGCCAGUCUCAUUGAGAUGCAAGUUCGUUUCAUCUCCGAUGCCAAACUGGAACGCCGCCAGCGAAAGGUCUACAGACAACAACAGGGGAAGAUCUUCACGCUUUGGGACGAGUUUAUACAGGAAAAGAAGACGGCAACUCAACUCCUACGAAAGUGCUCGCAUCUGGUUGCCAGCAAUACGGACAAUUAA